AUGAGGGUGGAGGAGGUGUCUGCUUCCUGGAACAGGCUGUUGGAGACAGAAAGCAGGGACUCAAAAAGACACCAGCUUCGCAGAGGGUCUGCUGAAUUUGCUCCACAAGACAAGGACAUGGAGGAGAUGGAGUAUUUUGUGCAGAGGGAGGUUCUGGAUGAGUUACGUCUGGAUGAAGUGGCACAAAAAGGGACGUGGUCCAUUAAACCAACUCUGGGCGAACGGGUGAAAGAGUCCCUGAGGUGUUCAGUGCCCAGGCUGAAACAAACGCUUCUGAGCUGGAUACCUGUUCUUGGCUGGUUACCUCAUUACUCUUUCAGAGAAAAUGCCAUAGGGGACCUGAUAUCUGGCUGCAGUGUGGGCAUCAUGCAUCUGCCGCAGGGCAUGGCGUAUGCUCUUCUGGCUUCCUUACGCCCAGUGUUUGGCCUUUAUACCUCCCUCUAUCCAGUGCUGGUCUACUUCAUCUUUGGUACUUCCAGACACAUCUCCAUAGGCACGUUUGCUGUGAUCAGCAUCAUGAUUGGGAGUGUGACAGAAAGGCUGGCGCCGGACAGCAACUUUAUUGUAAAUGGGACGAAUGGGACAGAAAUCGUGAACCUCGACGAAAGGGACGCACACAGAGUGCAGAUAGCAUGCGCCCUCACAUUCUUGGCUGGAAUCUUUCAGAUCCUGCUGGGUGUGGUGAGGUUCGGUUUCGUGGUCACCUACCUGUCUGAACCACUUGUUCGUGGCUACACUACAGGAUCAGCAUGUCACGUGUGUGUCUCCCAGCUAAAGUACCUGUUUGGAGUUUCACCAUCUCGCUACGCUGGUCCCCUCUCCCUCAUUUAUACUCUGGUGGACCUUUGCAGACUGCUGCCUCAGACGAAGGUUCCAGAGCUGGUGGUCAGCCUGGUGGCGCUCAGUGUUCUUAUUGUGGUCAAAGAAGUCAAUGCGUGCUACGCAAAAAAGCUGCCAAUGCCUGUUCCAAUAGAGCUCAUAGUUAUCAUAGCAGCUACAAUCAUUACCCACUUCUGCGGACUUAGUGACAAAUACUAUAUUGAUGUGGUUGGAGAAAUUCCCAGUGGGCUCAAGGCUCCUCGUGCUCCAGAUGCCACUUUGUUCUCAGAGGUCUUAGGUGAUGCCUUUGCUGUGGCCAUUGUGGGCUAUGCCAUCAACAUUUCUCUCGGCAAAACAUUUGCCCUCAAACACGGCUACAAGGUGGAUAGUAACCAGGAGCUGGUUGCCUUGGGACUCAGUAACACUGUCGGUGGCUUUUUCCAGUGUUACUCUGUGACUUCGUCCUUGUCUCGGAGUCUUGUCCAGGAGAGCACAGGGGGAAAGACACAAGUUGCAGGGGUAAUUUCUUCUAUCAUUGUGCUGAUCACAGUUUUGAAAAUAGGUUCUCUCUUUGAAGAUCUCCCCAAGGCCGUCUUAUCCACAAUAGUGUUUGUGAAUUUGAAAGGAAUGUUUAAGCAGUUCCUGGACGUGCCUAUGCUGUGGAAGACCAACAAGGUUGAUUUGCUGGUGUGGCUGGUAACAUUCAUAAGCACCAUCCUGCUAAACCUGGACCUGGGCCUGGCUGUUUCCAUUGGCUUUUCCAUGCUUACCGUCAUCUUCAGAACACAACUACCUCACUACUCUAUCUUGGGCAACGUGCCAGGCACUGACUUGUAUCUGGACACAGAGACGUACAAGGAGGCUAAAGAGAUUCCAGGAAUUAAAAUCUUCCGUUCAUCUUCAACUAUCUACUACACAAAUGCUGAGAUGUACUUGGAGGUCCUGCAAGAGAAGAGUGGAAUUGAAAUUGGGAAGCUGCUAACAGCGAAGAAGAAACAGCUCGCAAAGCAGAAGCGUCAACAAGAGAAAGAGAAAAAGAAAGCCAAAAAGGAGGAAAGGAAACAAAAAAAAGCCAUCAAGCACUCAUCCAAUGGCACAUUCGCUUUGAAGGAGACAGAGAUGAACAAGAGGAAAGUCCCUGAAGAAAGAAACGGGCAGAGUCAAGGCAAUGGUGUAGUCUUAAGUGUGACAGAAACAACCGCAAAUGGCUUUAGUAAAGGCCAAGUAAACUGGGCUUACCAACCUGACACAACCAUGUCAGACUCAGACUCAGACACAGGUUGCCAUGGCGAUGACAGCAUCACCCAGGUUUCGCACCACAGUGACGAGGAUAAAGGAAGGGCCUGCAGAUCAGACACACACAGCAUCAUCUUGGACAUUUCCACGACCAGCUUUGUGGAUACAGUCUCUGUGAAGACACUAAAAAGUAUUUUCAAGGACUUUGGACAGGUUGAUUUGGAAAUCUACCUUGCUGGCUGCCAAGCCUGUGUCGUGGAACAGCUGGAAACGGCAGGUUUCUUCUCGGACUCCAUCCCAAAGAGCAGGCUGUUUGUCACAGUUCAUGAUGCAGUGCUUCAUAUUCUCAAGAAACUGGGGCAGAAAGACUUUGUUCUUGAUGUCUCCUGCAACACCCAGAUGUGACCAGCAGGUGUCAGAUUGUUCCAACUCCAGCCAUCUUCCUCCUCCUCCUCUUCUUAGGCUGCCUGUUCCGUUGCUCACUAUUGGUCACCAGUGUCUCCUCCCCUUUCAGUGGGGGAGAAUGCACCACCUUGACAUGGCGGACGGUUGCCAUGGAAAUACAGGGAGCCGUUGCUGUGGCAACAGGCUUUUUAUGAUAUUGUCUAAUGAGAUAGCCAGCAAUACGUCAUUGCAGCUCUCUCGCUGUGUGGUGUGUGUUAGAGACAGCGAAGGGGUGGGGGCUGAGUGGGAGAAUGUAACACUGGACUAAUAGGAGUCUGUAUUUAUAGCCUGUGUGAGAGAGUGGAGAGUGAGUGAAAGGUUGACUGUAAGGGGAAACUCAUAUGCAAGAGGUGUUUGUUGUGAAUACACAGGCUGCAAUGUGUGUGCAUGUGUCGGUCUGUCUAUGUUCCUCAAGAAGACUAAAGCCAGGUGUCGCCAAUGAAUCAAUAAAAUGUAAAUAUUCUUCACCGAUAUUGACGUGCCAUUCCCGUCUGGAGGGGUUCUUAAUUCUAAUUGUGCCCCUCAUUGCUCCAAUGGCCAACAAUAAUGAGCUGAGUGACAGAUAUAGUAUAAUACGUGUUACAUUUUAAAAGAGGAGCUUGAAAAAAAAGUGUGUGUAUUUAUAGUUUGUAUUCACAUGUCUGAUUCCGCUGACAUCUUGAGCUCCAUUCUAUUUAUAGGAUCCAGUGUCAUCUGCUGUUGCAACUAUAGAGAAGUUAAACACUGUGUAGUAAUACGUGAAGAUUCCUAUGGAUUCAACUGGAUAACCCACCCAAAGAUAAAUGCUCCCAGACAUUUUUUUUUUUUUUAACCUUGUGAUUAUUUUUUUUUACUUGUAAAAAAUGUACUGUAUGCUGGAAAUGUAUGUAAAAGCGCAGGGGGCUUAGAAGGUCUUCACGAUCUGAGAGGUGCAUUUAUGCCUAUAGUUUGUAAAAAUGAGUUUCCUAAUCAGACACCAGCUCAUGAGUGCAGCGGGACUUUCCUUCACAGGGGCCAACCACCACAAAGAAAUGAUAAACCCUGCAGAAUGUCGCGGAUCUUUAAAUUAUUUGUUUGCUGGAUCGACCACUGCAGCUUAAACCAACGGCAAGUGUUCUGAAUGGUAGAACACCUAUUUCUUGUCUCAAGAGCAUGUUGCUCACUGUUCAUUUACAGAAUCUUUAAAACUUGUCUGACACGUUUAACCGUCAAAUGUGUCUUGAAAUGUAUUUUUUAUACAGGUGUCAAGGUGUAACAUAUUUAAUGUGAAUGAACCUGAAUAUUCUCUGUACAUAUCCACUGCAUUUCGUUUAUGAUUGAGAAAUGAAUGCGACGGUGUAAAUAAAGACCCAUAAAAACACA